AUGGAGCUGUUGAAAUCCUGCAUGGCAGGGCUCUGCUUUUGCCCGAAAAAACACAUCCUGGUCAUGAUGACGUUCUUCGCCAUCUUCAAUCAGUAUACGAUGCGCAUUUGCCUGCAUCUGGCCAUUACGGUGAUGACGGGCGACCGUAACGAUACAGUGUCGGGUGUUACGAUUGCCGACGAGGAUCACUUCGAUUGGGACGAGUACGAACAGGGCAUAAUACUGUCCGCGUUCUACUGGGGUUACACGUUAUCCCAUUUUAUUAGCGCCUUUGUGGCCGAUCGCUACUCAAAGCAUCUGCUUGGGCUGAGCGUACUGAUUACGGCGGUCCUUACCAUUCUGACACCGCUCGCGAUCGACGUCGGCGGUUCGUGGUUGCUGAUUGUGGUGCGUGUCCUCGAGGGCGUUGGCGAGGGUGCUACCUUUCCGGUGCUGAGCGCACUCGUCGCCCAUUGGAUACCGGCAUCGCAGCGCGGUUUCUACGGUUCGUUCAUCUUUAGCGGAUGUCAGAUCGGGGCGCUUAUAGGCGGUAUCGGUACUGGGUACUUUAUCGAAGCGCACGACACCUGGCGAACGACGUUCUACAUCUGGGGCACGUUGGCCAUCGUGUGGUACGUGUUCUGGUUGUUUAUUGGGUUCGAAAGCCCCGAAACUCACCCGUACAUCAGCGAGCAGGAACGUUCCGAGCUGGUGGCACAGUUGGCCGAAAGCCGCAAAAGCGUGAACGCGUACCCGAUUCCGUGGCGCAGCAUCCUUACGUCCUGCCCGCUUUGGGGGUUGAUAGCGGGCCAGAUAGGGCACGAUUGGGGCACCUAUCUGAUCAUCACUGAUUUGCCGAAGUACAUGAAAAGCAUCCUGCACAUUUCGGUCAGCGAUAAUGGGCUCGUGACGUACACGCCCUUCUUCACCAUGUGGCUGUUCUCGAUCCUGGGCGGGUGGUUGUGUGAUGUGCAGAUCAAGAAGCAGUGUAUGUCACGCACGAAUGCACGCAAGUUCUGGACGACGAUCGGUUCGUUGCUGCCGGCAUUCUUCAUGAUGGCUGCCUCGUAUACGGGCAAGGAUAAGGUGAUGGUGGUAACGUACUUUGCCCUGUGCGUUACCUUUCUCGGUGGGUUCUAUCCUGGCGUGAAGGUGAACACGAACGAUCUGAGCCCGAACUUUGCCGGUGUGUUGAUGGGCAUGGUGAAUGGAAUUGGUGCCAUUACCGGAAUUAUUACUCCUUAUUUGGCUGGAUUGUUAACUCCAAAUCAAACGUUAGAAGAAUGGCGUAUCGUCUUUUGGAUAGCUUUUGCCGUGCUGAACAUUACCAACGUAAUCUUCAUUUUCUUCGCUUCGGGCGAAAUUCAACCGUGGAAUUAUUCCCCGCAGCAACAGCAGCGGCAGGCGGCUUGA